AUGCCGUGGCUACUCCUUCUACUCCUACACAUGAUACCCAACCUGGUUGCGGGUGGAGAACUGGCCAAAUACACCACACCGCAAAUGACUCCCGGUGUGAAUCAUCGACAAAAUGUGUGCGAACGGAACCGUGCCUACCUUAAUGGGACUGUUCCACUGGAAGAUGCCCUGCGUGGCAUGGAGUUGAACAUUCUGUUGGCCGCCCGUGAUUAUUUCUUUUACGACGAAGAAACGGGCAUUGACGAUGAACAUCCCGGCCUGAUGGCGUUGAUUCUGGACGAAUUGGCCGAACGAGCGGGAUUUACAUGGCGUGACAGUUUUGGGGUCUCGUACCUUCCCACCAACGAGACUUGGACGGAGCUCCUGUUGUGGGGCAUUGAUUCCUAUGACAUUGUGGCCGACUGGUGGGCCAUCAACUUGGAACGACUGCGACUCGGAGUCUACUUUUUGGAGCCGUGGUACGACUCGAGUCUCUUGUUGAUGACCAAGGAAGUGCCGGAAGAGAUUGCGGACGAAAUCAACUUUGCCAACUGGUUGAGACCCUACGAGCCACAAGUAUGGGCACUCACCAUCUUUACAGUCAUUCUCAGUGGCCUAGUCUAUCAAUGGAUUGAAUGGCUACAAGAUGAACGAGAUGGACGGUCUUUAUGGGUAUGGUGGCAAGAAAACUGGUACCUCAGUUGUCUCAAUUUCACACAAGCCUAUGAAUAUCAACCCACCAGUUUGGCUGGCAGAUUGUUUGGAGUCAGCAUGGCCAUUUGGGCCCUGGUCAUGACAGCAACCUACACCGCAAACUUGGCAUCUCUGCUGGUGGAUCGCGUACCAGUGGGGUUUGUGGUGGAAACUGUUGAUCAAGUGGCCGUAUAUGGCUUUAAAAUUUGUGUUUGGGAAGGAACCUAUGCCGAUGUCCUCAUCAAAACCAAUUACCCGUCUGCCACUCGAAUCCAAAAACAGACAGAAGAAGGGUUGUACGAAGGAUUGCAUCGAGGAGAGUGCGAGUAUGCCGCCAAUGCCAAAGCCUCCUUUGACAAACACCGGCACACGAGAGAGCGCAAUCCGUUUUGCGAUCUGCAGUGGGUGGGCGAGCCGCUGUACCUCAUCUCACACGAGAGGGCCGGAUUUGUCACCAAAGUCGACUCUGGGCCAGACUAUUGCAGUGGGCUCAUUUCCAGCGUCAUUGAUUUGCACAUGAAAACCAUGAUUUUGGAAGGCGUCUUGGACGAUCUGUGGGCUGUUGAAAACGAACGGAGCAGGACGAUUGAUUGUAACAUCUACGACCCAAGUUUGGGUUUGGGACUCGUCGGAAAUCCAGAAGAAGAAGACGAGGCAGGAACAAACACAACAACAAGCGCUGCGACUGAUCCCGAUACCGAAACUCGGCUAAGACGGAGAAGGCGAUUGAACAAGAAGAACUGCCAAAAAACUCAGCGAACGCAGCCAUCUCGUCGUCCUACUCAUCGCAGCCGCAAUCUCAAAGCUGGAGGAAAGGGAGCGGUUGGCGGAGCCGUCGCUGCCAAGGGCGACGGUGCAUCUCAAAGCGAGCAGUUGACCAUGGAGCAAAUGAUUGGAACGUUUCUCUUCCAUUGGUGUAUCAUGGUGGUGUCGGUGGCAAUUGCGUACUGGAAUAUCUACUACAACAAAAAUCUCAAGAAACCGGUGAGCAAGGCUUUGGCAGAGACUGGAAAAUCGAUUCGAGACAGUUCCGUGGGAGAGGCUAGCAUACGCUGGUACAACGAGCAGAUCCGCAGGGGUAGUGAUAAGGACGACCACGAUCCACACGAUGACAGUACGUCACAACGAACUGCGAACCAUCGACGGAGUUUCAACACGGACAUGACGGCAAAAUGGAUGGAUGAACCACAAGUGGAACGCAGCAAGGAGCCAGACAAUUGCGAAACUGAUGAAGAUGCCAAAGGAGACCACGAAGCUGCCCCGGACAAGAGUAUUGCACAAGAGCUAGCCGAAAUGCGAGCAUUCCAAAUACAGAUUCUCGAGGAACAGCGAGCCAUGCAACGGCAGAUGCAAUCUCUUUCGCAAGCCGCAGUCACCGGAAGACUCGGCGAUUCCAUAAACAUUGGAAUGUUCAACGACUCUGUCGGUGACGUGUCAAUAUGA